UUUCAGGCUCUGGCAACGUUGUGGGUGAAACUGCCAGGAAGCUAUCAAGACCUGGCCGAUGCGACCAGAGACUAUCCGCCUGGCGGAGCGUAUAUGGCCUAUCUUCAUUCACUUCCUCAACGAGCCACAAGCAGUCAUAGCUUCUUGAGGAUGAUACUCAAGGCAAAUGUCCACGAUACCCAAGCAGCUCUGAAUCUUUCAGUAUCUCAAGAAUUCUCGACAUCAGAAAGAGAAGUGAGAGUUAGAACCACCCAAACUUGUGGACAAUCAGCACGGCCAUGUGAUCGGCGUAUGAGCAUCUUCGGUGUGUCGUUACAAGGCCAUUUGGAAAUGCAACAGCGAAGCAUCCCGUUGAUUAUCGAAUCGACGAUUCACGAACUUCAGAAGCGAGGAAUGCGUGUAAAAGGCAUUUAUCGAACUUGCGGUGUGAAGUCGAAAAUAGAGGAGAUUUGUGAAGCAUUUGAACGAUGUGCGGGUGAUUCGACCAUCGAUCUUGAACAUGUUCAUCCGAUGAAUCUUGCCUCGGUCGUGAAGCUCUACUUGCGAAAGCUUCCCGAACCUUUGAUGACCUAUGAGAUGUACAAUGAGUGGAUACGGUUUGGCGUUAAGUGUAACGACGAGCCAGAAGACGAACACUUGGAAGAAUUGAAGCGCCUUACGCGUCGACUUCCGUCUUGCAAUUAUGAGACCUUGAAACAUCUGAUGCUUCAUCUGAAUCGUGUCACUUGGUUCCAAGAAUCGAACCUGAUGGGACCAUCCAACCUGUCAACGGUCGUGGCACCGUCCCUCAUAUGGCAACCAUCCACGUCAGCUGAUCAUACGGCAGCCAUUAUUGACGCUCAACAUGCUAAUCGAACAGUUCAAUGUUUCAUCACGCAUGCUUUCACAAUCUUCGGGGUAGAUCGAACCAAGGAUUGGGAUGACUUCUUCUCGAAGUAUGCUUUGGAAGAGCCACCAAAGGAGGAAGAUGCCGGUAACGUUUCGGAUGAUGAGGAUAUCGUCGACGACGACGUUAUAGAUUUAGAAGAUGAUGAACAACUGUUCGUUCCUCAACCUCCUACACCUGACCUUCUGAAGAGUACCAGGCGAGAACGAGCCGAUGAACGCUCAAGCAGCGGUCAAGGUUCUCCAGAAGAUCAAAAGCGACGAUUCGAGAAAGAUGAUCGACGAGAGAAACGGCGCAGUUACACGACAAGCAUACUGAUAUCGCCAAACACAGAAAGACCAACUCCUGUCACUAGGCAAAAAUCACUCGGAGAAAAAACUGCCUUGAAUCGUUGUGCCGCUGACGUCACCGUCGAUGUAUCUAAGGGUCAAAUUUUCGUCGAUAGGAAUAGAGAUGGCAAAUUAAUUCAACGACGUCAGUCACACAAAGAGUAUUCUUCUCGGGACCUCGAUUCACCGUCAAACUACGAUAAAGAAUGUGCAAAGGAUUCAGCGCACAUCAUCAGUCUACACAACGUCGGCGAUUUGUUUCCAGGAACCGAACAAGACGUCUCUUAUGUGUAG